AUGACUCUCAGGGGGUUAUUGAUGGAGGAGCUCCUUAAAAAGUUGAUGGAAGAAGGCAUUGAUGUGUCAGACGACGAGGCGCAAAGGUUUAGAGGGAUUUUAAACAAUGGAAGGUACCCAACCCACUCAGACUACAUCCAGGUCAUCAAAGCCCUGAUUGUGAAGUAUCCUUUCUUAAGAGAUGUACACGGAAAUGGUUAUGACACCUGGCACAGCCAACUCAAGAGAAAGUUCAAAGCAGAACGGGCUCCCCUAAUCAGCAACGAAGAAGUGAACUGGGUUAAAGAAAAGUUUGGACGCACGCAGAAACAUCGGACCACAGAGGAAUCCAGCAGCUCCUGUCUGAAGAGACUGAAGCCCUCUCUCGAUUCGUGCUUUGUGGGGGAAGAUGCAGCCUCCGUUGAUGCUCAUAUCAAGGUGCUAAAUGAUCAGCACAGGACGCUACAUCCUGACACAGCACUGGUGAAAGACCGCAUGACAAAAACCUUUGCAUGGAGACGUCGAGAGGUAGCUGAAGGAAUGUGUACUGUGGACCUAUUAAAGAGAUAUCCAUUCCUGGGGACAUCUGCAGGGUUGUGUGAUGAGGUUGAUUUAAUGCAUCCCUGCCAAGACAACAUCUGUUGCCGCUUUAGCGAGAACUUCACUGCUGUUCUUCAAAAUGUUCUUCAAAUGACCAAGGAUUUGCCACUGAAGAAGGUCUACAUGGAGGCAAGAGAGAAUGCACUGGCUGAAGACAUUACAGGAAUUGACUUCAAGGGGGCACUUCUCCUCUUGCCAUCCAUCUUCAAGGAGAAGAUAGAAGAUUUCAUCAUCCUUGGAGAGGUAAAUGCAUGAUGCAAUGGAUAGCCUUUGGCCACAAGUUUCAUUCUCGGUGUUUUGUUGGCAUGGAGCUGAAUUCAGCUGCGGUUCAGCAUCACAGCUAAGCUAAUGUAGGGGAAACACUGCUGUUAAUCCACAGACUUACAGAAUGCUCUGGAAAUGAACAAAAGUUUUACAGAUGUGCAUUUUCAGGAUAAAGUGCUUCAGCGUGUGUCUGCUAUAUCUGUCAGCAGUGUCAAAUAUGAACUUGAGGAUGUUUUUGUAGUUGGCCAUGUACACACUGAAGCCAUACCUAUAUUCUUUAAAAUCAAGUAUAUUUUGAAUCUUGAUACUUGUUGGGUAUUGUGUGGGAAACUGUUACUUCCUUGCACUUAUGAAUGUCAUUUCCAUGCUUACCAAGUGGCAGUUCACAAUGACUGGAUCCUGUUCAAUCCAGGAAAUGAAUUAGACUUUCAAGCUCUAGACACCUAUUUAGUUGAUGAUAGGCUGUUUGUGUCCUUGAGGUAUUCUGUGUGACGUGAUUGCAAGCACAUUUUCCACUUUGUCUAUAUAUAUGACAUAUAUAUAUUCUGGCUUGUUGAAGUAGAGCAAAACAUUUGUGUGGACAGUUUUUUAAAUACAUGCCAUCUCUGUGAUCCGUCAAAAACAUUGUGUUCAGGUGUUUAAUGUCUUUAUGUGAUUGUUUACUUUUUUUAAAUGAAUGUAUUUUUCUUGACAUGUCCUAUGGCAAUAUACGAAUGUAAUCAAGGAUGUAUUCCUGUGGUUGUUUAAAUGCUUUGAUGUGAUUCUAUUAUCGAAAAUAAAUGGUUAAAUAACCAAAUAUUUUGGA